AUGUGUCCUACUAGCAAAGCCUCAGUGCAUAUAGCACCAGGCACAGCUCGGCGGCGGCACAGGCAGCUCAGCUUCAGCAGGGGUGUCAGCAGGACCACGCAGCCAAGCAGGAUGAAGUUUUUCAGGAUCCUCAUUUUCUGCUCCCUCGUCCUGGGGGUCAGCAGCCAGAGAACGUUAAGUUUCAUCAAGAAAGCUGGUCAAGGAACUAAAGACAUGGUGAGAGCCUAUUGGGACAUGAGAAACGCCAAUUACAAAGUCUCAAAUACUUCCACGCCCGGGGGUAACUAUGAUGCUGCUCAAAGGGGACCUGGUGGUGUCUGGGCUGCUGAAGUGAUCAGUGAUUUCAGAGAGGCUUAUCCAAGACUCACUGACCAUUUUAGGCAUGGAGACAGCAGCCAUGGAUUGGCGGACUCAAUGGCGGACCAGGAAGCCAAUAGAUGGGGCCGGAGUGGCAAAGACCCCAAUUUCUUCAGACCUCGUGGCCUGCCCAACAAGUACUGAGCUCCUUCGCUCUGCUCUCGGGAGACGGACUAUGAGCCCCCUAAGGGCAGGGAUCCCGAGUCACUGAGGUCUACAUCCCCAGAUGUGGAAUACAGAGGGCACACAUCUCUAAUAAAUGCUCAAGAGUUU